AUGUCGUUCUACACAAGGUGGCUGGCCGUCAUCAUCUGUGUAGCGCCUGGCACAGGGUCUAGGCAUGCAUUCCGCUACAAGAGCCGAGUCUACAGGCAGACCCAUGUGGAAGAGAAGCAGAUUGCCAAACUUCACACCAAGUCCAACUUGAGAAAGUUUAUGGACCUCAUCCAGCACCAUCAGGUGGAGAAAGUAUCUAGGCUGCUGGAGAAAGGACUGGACCCCAACUACCAGGAUACAGAGACCGGUGAGACCCCUCUGACAUUUGCGGCCCAUCUGGAUAACGUGGUGGAGAUUAUAAAGGUUCUGAAGAAUGGAGGGGCCCACCUGGACUUCAGGGCCAAAGAUGGCAUGACGGCCCUACACAAAGCCGCUAGGUCCAAGAACCAGGUGACUCUGAUGACCCUGUUGGAGCUUGGUUUGUCUCCAGACUAUAAGGACAGUCGGGGUCUGACGGCGCUCUAUCACACAGCCAUGGUGGGAGGAGAUCCGUUCUGCUGUGAGUUGCUGCUACAUGAACACGCCACCGUCUGCUGCCAGGACGAAAACGGCUGGCAUGAAGUCCACCAGGCUUGUCGGAAUGGCUAUGUCCAGCACCUGGAGCAUCUGCUGUUCUACGGGGCGGACAUGAGCGCACAGAAUGCCUCAGGGAACACAGCGCUGCACAUCUGUGCUCUCUACAACCAGUCUGUUAAGUGUCAGCGAAUGAACUGA